CACCAGACAGCAAACGAGAGUGAACUCUGGUCAGCUACAGUGCAAGACUUUCAGUCAGCAAUAUGUGGAAACUGCUGGUCAUCGCUGCUGUUUGUGUGCAGCUGUGCUGUGCACAGUACCCGAGAUACCUUCGUUUCCCGGUUGGCAGAGGUGACGACACCAAAUGUCAUGACAACCAGGUUGACAAGAAGUACAAUAUCGGUGAUGUCUGGAGCUCCCCAUUCUCUGGCUGUAAGCAGAGUCACUGCGUCAAGGACGACGGCGUUCUCUACAUCGACAGAUUCCAGUGUCCGUCGGUGAGAAAGCAGGUGGACUUCAAGAAGUUGAAGGCCAAUAACCUGUUCUGCCGCGAGGCUCGGGGAGAUAGGAGGAAGGAGUUUCCCGACUGCUGUGCCCGCCUUGUCUGUAAACACUACGUGGACGGCAAGCUUGUGCCGCUGCCGGCGCACAAAUAUCCCCUGCUCUAGUCAGGGCUGGGAUGGAACUACAGCUGCGGGAGUGCGAACCAAAGAUGUCUGAAAAUCCAUCCGUGUAUGGGAAGUUGGUAUAGCCAGAUGUUCCUAUUGCUGUGCUGGCUUUCAGUGGAAGUCUUGUGAUAUUGGUGUCAUGUCUAGUUAUAUGGUUUUUGUGCGUACAAGUAUCACUUUGUUGACUGCUGGCUGCCAGCUUUGUACAGCACCAACUUGAUGCUCAGGUAAAUAUACUUUUGAAUCUGGAUAUGAGAACUGUUGAGACAUGUGGCAGUCAUUCUUCAUAAUUUCGCCACUCAUAGCCGUGUUGUGAUCAUCCAUGCACCGAUGAAACAUUCAAGGGCGGUGCCAACAGUCAGAUACACUUCAUCUAAUAUUCCCCGUUCGAAACGCAAUAAAAUCAAGGCUCGGAUGGCAGCACGAAUAAACCUGAAAUAUGUGACUUUUUCAACAUGAAUGAAAUCUGCAACAAU